AUGAAAAUAGACGCUAAUACUGUUCUCAGGUUCAUGGAAUUUUCUGGAUGUAAUAAUGAAUAUACAGCUGUUCAUUUCCUAAAAAAACAUAGAAGUCUUGAUGAUGCAGUUUCAAGUUAUUACGACCAAGGAUGUCCUGAAAUAGAAGAACCUUUUGGAUAUACUUCAAUAUUUGAUGAUUCUAAGGUAUCUCAUCCAAAUGAAGAAAUAUCAACAGAAGAUGUUACAAGUAAUAACGGAAAUGAAAACAUUAUUAGAAAAGCUUUUGAAGAAGUUGCUAUUGAAGGAUUAGUUAAUUCAGAAAAUAUAGAACUAUUUUGUAACAAAUUAGGUAUUAAUGGGGAGAGUGGGUAUGAAUUAUAUUUACUUGGCUUUAUUGGGGGAUGUGAAUUAUAUCAACAUUUUGAGAACAAACAUAUCAAACUUAUUGAGAAAGCUUUAAAAGGAAAAACUGAUGUAAAAGAAUUUUUAAGACAAGAAUUUGAGUCAUUAAAAGGUGAUAAAUAUUAUCAAUUUCUUAAAGUUGUUUAUCGGUGGUUGGUAAUUCUUAUAAAUGAAGCAAAUAAAGGAGUUAAAAAAGGUAUGGAAACAAAUUCAAUGCUUGACUUUUUAGCUGAUGUUUUACGUGAUGUUAUACAACCAAAACUUCAAGGAGAUGUUUUUGAACAAUUAAUUAAUUACAUCAUUAAUGUUGACCCAGAAACUCGUAGAAAAAAACAAAUUCAAAUGGAUACUUUUGCUUAUUUACCAUUCUUCUUAACAUCAUUUAAAGAUAUUAACUCAUUAAAAAUGAGUCAAAAUGAAAUUGAUAAUUUAUGCUCACUUCCAACAUUAUAUUCUGAUUUCUUAAUCUUUAUGAACAAAGAAAAUAACCAACAAGUUAAAUAA